AUGUCUUCCCGACCUGAUUCUGCGGCUACGCGCCUGCGCUCGCGUCGCUCAAUAGCCCAUAUUCCACGGUCAAAGAUGACGUCUGGACUCGAUAAAGAGAAUGCGACAACAGACAUCGGAGCGGCAGAAGCAUUUGGAACCACGAAUAAAACUGCAACUAGAGAUAAGAAAUCCCGAAGUAAGAGCUUGGGACCUGGUGGUCUCGAUGCUCUUCAGAAAUCCAAUGGUAAUCGUCGCAAGUCAACUGCUUUAUUUGCGCCAAAAUCUAUCUUGAAACCAACUCUCCCCGUAUCUCCUGUACGAAGUAUCCCAUCAUUCGCAGAAACACGCCGCCGUACCCCAGCUCGUGAAGCAUCUAAUCAGAAAGGCAACAACAAUGAUGACGCACGAAAAGAGGGUGUUUUGAUUGAUUUUGUGGCUUCCUCACAACCCCCUGCCAAUGUAUCUGAUGACAAGAGCAACCCUUUCGAUACGUUUAAUGCGACAUCUGCGAUUCGCGACGAAAUGGCCGCGACCAAAGAACGAGACGAAAAGGAGCGCCGUCAACGCGAGCGACAGAAUAUUCUUGAAAAGCGAGAGGCUCGACGGAAGUCAAUGGCGAAUCGCCGUGUAUCGUUCGCCCCCGAGGCAACAUUACACACAUGGAACGUGGUGGACAUUCCAGAUGACUCAACUGCAUCAUCCGCCGCCAAUUCUACCCGACGUGCUUCAACUCUCGGAGCCGCCCAGAAUCAACACAAUCCGGCGAGCGAGACACAAUCCUCUUCAGAUGACGAAGCAGAGUCAGAAUUCGGAUUCUCUCCAGUCCGUACGCAGGACCUCGAGCAGAUAAGAAAUAACUCGGCGCCUUCUGGCGGACAUCAGCAUACGGAUCUCUCGGAUCUCUCGUCUAGUCCCUUCAGUGGAAGCUCAGGCUCCGAGAAUGAAGACACAGGCGCGCACGGCUUCGUUGAAGAGGGCGAGGACGGAGAUUCCUCCGGGUCUGAUGAUGGGUUUGAUGCUGAGAGUACAGCCAUGAGUCUGGAUGAUAUGACAGCUCGAUCCGCCGCUACCAUGCAUUCAGAUGUAUCCUCCAGUUCAAGUUCAAGUGCCCGACUUAAUGACGCACUACGACAGGCCGCAAGAGAAGCUGGAACUCCAGGACUUGAUGAGGAUAAUGGCGAAAUGUCGAUGGAGAUUGCUAGCGAAGAAAUCACCGGCGCUUUUCAACCCUGGUUCAAAAAGGGCCAAAAUCUUGACUGGGAAGAUCUUAGCGCUCAGGUUGACUAUUCUAAGACAUCUCCCAAUAAAGAUGGCGCAGAAUCAGAUGGCAUCAACGAAGACGAGGAUAUGAGUAUGGAUGUGACGAAUGUCAUCGGUGGUAUCCUGGGCAAGUCCCCAGGACGCCGGAAAAGCGCUAUGCGACGUCAAUCUUCUAGCCAGGAAACUAAUUACGAUGACCAAACGAUGGAGAUGACGAACAUGAUCGGAGGAAUCGCACAGAUGAAUCCUGUCCAAUCACAAGACGAUUAUGAUGAAGAUGAAGAUAUGACCAUGGAAUUCACAGCAGCCAUUGGUGGUCUCUUAAGCAAGGGCCCCUCUGACCCUCCUCCUGACAAGAAUACCGGACAACCAUCUUAUCCACAGAUCUCCGAGAUCUCCGAUCGCAUAGAUUUCGAACACGACAAUGAAUCUGAUCAAGAUGUGGAUAUGGAAAUGACCAAUGCCGUUGGUGGUAUUCUACCAUCGGGAAUAGAUAAGGCACACGCGAAAAUGAUAAUGGAACUCGAAACGGAGUCGGGACAACUGAACAGCUCACCUUUCCAAGAAAAUGUCCGGCAGUCGCCAGUCAAGUCACCAGCCAAGUCACCUCUUUUCAGAGUCGCUACUGUUACAUCAGAUGACGGAAGUCCAAGCUUAGCAACUGUCAAGUCUAGAAGCUCGCGCCGUAGCUCCGCCUCAGGGAUACCAGACACACCUGGAACACCCCAGUCUACCUCUCUUGGCCGUUCUUCCACCAGGAAACCGUCAACACCUCCAAACUCGACUCCCGAACCUAAACCACAUACACCCAGCAAAACCCCUCCUUCUGCGAGUGUGUCAUUCAGAAGUGCUUCUCCGAAGAAGCUAUUCCGGCCAGACAUUAAGCAGUCUGCGGAACGACGAAAGUCUCUUCGUCGAAGCAUUUUCGAACAGAAUUCACUCACUGGACAGACGACACCACGUAUUGUUUUGCAACCUAAUAAGGGACGCCGCUCCUCUGGGCUUGGAAUUGACAAGGAAGGCCUCGGGUCUCCCCGAGUAGCCGAAUUGUUGGACAAACGCCUAUCUUUAGGUGACAGCACUCCACCAUUUAUCAUUCCACAGGAACGCCAACAAGCCGGUGUUCGGUUUGAAGAUCCUUUGAAGCUACAAGCAGAUGAAGAACGCGAGCGUGAGGAAGAGGAGCUCAGGGAAGAUGGCCAUCUCCUACAACCCAACGCCGCGAAUGGGGACGUGACCUCGAACUUGAGAGACAUGAUCUCAAGCCUUAGUCCGAAAAAGACUAGGAUUGGAAGUCGAAAGAGCCUACACGUCGGUGCUGCUCGAGGAAUCUUGGGCAAGCGACCCAUUGAGCUCGAUCUGGACGAAGAGGAGUCUAUGAAUUCGCCUAAGAGAUUGCGUGGCCAUGAUGUGAGCCCUGUCAAGGGGAUUAAACUACCCGCACCAACUCCCUACGAUCAAAGACCUCGACGCUCAAUCCGCUCCCCUGUUCGCAGAGCUCAGAGUUCUUCGCCCGUCAAAGGCACCCCUACCCAUGAAUCUCGAGAUGUUUCCAGAACAGGGGCAACUCCUCUAAAGGAUGGUCUUGACGCUCUGCAUAUUGUUUCUGACCCCCAACAGCCGGAGCAAGAUGAAGAUGGGAUUUCGGCCCAAGAGACUGCUUCCAAUGUCGAGCCUAUUCAAUUACAGGAGUUCCUGAAUAUGACCAAUGUCCACUUCAUGGAGCUUACCACUACAAAAAGACGGCACACCACCGCGCCGGGGAGUGCUGCUAAAAGAUUGGCCCGGCGGUCUGGAUCGAAUGUGCUUCCUACAGCCUCAAUCACUCUCGAUGAUUGUGUUGCUGCCGGUUUCUGUACGGUCCCUAUGCUUGAAUUGUAUCAGCACUCUUGUCGCGAGUUGAAGUCCUACAUUUCGGAGGGUCGUCAGGUCAUUCGAUCGAUAGAAGCUGAAACAUAUGAGAAUAAUCCACCCCUCUUCCAGGAGUAUGCCACGGCCCCGGCAGAUAUUCGGGUGAUUAUGGAUAAUCAGUUCCGCAACGUGAAAACCCAUGCACGUCUGCUUAGUAAAGCUACAUGGUACGAAUGGCGCAUGAAGCUUCUCGAGGGUCUGAAGGACGGGCUGAUCCGCCAUGUGGAUGAAAUGAAGGCUGAUGACGAGCUUCUAUCUAAACGAGAGGAACUCCUGAAUGCAACUGUGCCUGCACUUGUGGAAAAAUAUGAGUCACUAGAGCAAGAGGCAACCAAACUCCAACAGCAUGUGGAUGAAAUAGAGAACUGUGACCAUAAUGAACUGCGUGGCGCGCGUGAGCAGCUUUCGAGCAUAGAAGAUGAGAUCGAAGCGAAAAAACGUGAGCUUCAGCAAUUGCAGCAAGAGGCUCAAGAAAAAACAGCUUCGGUUGAAGCUGGCACAGAGAUGCGUGAUGAGUACAUGGCUCGGAUCCAGGACGCGGAACAGGUCAAGGAGAAAUGCCGUGGAUGGAGUGCUCGGGAUAUCAACGAAUUAAAGACGUCUGUUGAGCGUAUUGAGCGCGAGACUGGAUGGUCAAUAAUCUCAGCGUCUGAUUCUAUGCUGACCAUGUCCUACCGAGAUCAGCUGCAGGUCAAGUUCCACCCUAGUGCAUUCGCCACGAAUAAGUCCAACAACGCUCAGAAAGACAAUCUUCCAUUAGAGCUGACCUCUAAGAGCAAAACCACAUCAUCAAUCGCUUCCCUUGUUCUGCAAUCUCUACAGAAGCAUCUAGCUACGAUCGAGCAAUUCAAGAUCAGCCCGGCAAACCUUCUCAAAUUCAUCUCCACUGCAUGGGACCGCACUCUGGGCCUUGAGAAUGAGGUGCGCAUGCUCGAAUUCUGCGGCGUCACUCGCCUCACUCUCUCAGAUCCUAAGGAUGUCUCACUCUCCCUGCGUGCGCGCUGCACUAUUCUUGGAAACACAGUUGGCUCAUCUACACCGGCCCGCAAGGGCUCCUCGGCAAAACAUAACGGUAUCAAGCGCAUUGACGUUGAUUUUACUGUUCGCACACAUAUCAACCCUGGCGAUCAAGACGCCCAAGAGAUUGGGUCCCUGGAUUUUGACAUGGAAGUCCUUGCGACUAAGAUCUACGGCUUCGGAGCUGGAAACAAGUCUGGUUUGCCGGAUGAUGAGAUGCAAAGCAUUCUAGGCAAGGAACUUGAUGGGCAAAGCGGUACUUAUCAACUUGGGAAUGGCGUAUGGUGCAAGGCUGUUCAGCAGCUUACUGCGUCUGUGUUUUGA